AUGUCUUGUGCCUGGGAGAGAAGGUCCAAGCACUGCUCAGAACUCGGGGAAGUAGCUGCUUACGUCCCCGACCUCAUUUUAUCUGAGGACUUGAGGCACGAAGCCUGUUGCGUUCAGAAUUUUCAUGGAGUACUGCUCUUUGCGGACGUCUCAGGUUUCACUGCUCUGACGGAGAAGUUUAGCCAGAGCGUCAGCCUCGAGCGGGGUGCGGACGAGCUAACGCAAACGCUCAAUGACUACAUGGGCGACAUUGUGGAGGAGCUGCUGGGCUUUGGAGGAGACAUCUUGAAGUUUGCAGGGAUCUCUGCAGGGCACAUGUCGCUGCUGACUGUGGGAGACCGCAAGGAGCAGCACUUCCUGAUCCUUGGCAAGGCCGUGGGUAAAGUCUGGCAGGCACAAAACCUUGCAAGUGCAAGUGAUAUUAUCCUGUCAGCCAGCUGCUGGGAGCUCUGUAACCAGAGCCAGGUGAAGAGCAAGAGAGUGAAAGGCCAAGGAGCUGUGAAGGUUACAGGCGUGCAGCGGAUGUCUGUGUCGGAGCGCGAAGACCUUUUCUCCAAGUUCACGCGAGCCCAGCUGAACUGCCGUUCUCCUGAAAUGCCAGGUGUCCUGAGGCCUGCGGUUACCUUGGCCCCUCAUCGUGCUCAGGGGAAGGUGCUGAGGAAGUACAUCCCAGCCAGUGUCCUGCGCAAGUUUGCUGCCAAGGUCAACCUAACGCAAAUCUGCAAGGCUAUCCAGGACAGCAGCGUGCUGAUUUCGGAGAUCCUCCGUCCUCACAAGGGCGAAAUCAACAAAAUCUCCAUGUUUGAUAAGGGCUGCACGCUGCUGUGUGUGUUUGGCCUCCCUGGAGGAAAGCUGCCCUGCGAGAGCGUUUGCGCCUUGGAAAGCGCGAUUAAAAUCUCCACCGCCUGCUCCAGGAGGCUGGGGAAAAUCGAGGCAGUGUCCGUGGGGGUCACCAGCGGGACGGCGUUCUGCGGAGUCGUCGGCCACCGCGUCAGGCACGAGUACACAGUCAUGGGCCAGAAGGUGAACCUGGCUGCCCGGCUGAUGGAGCACUACCCGGGGCUGGUGUCCUGCGAUGUGGCGACCUACGCAGCGUCCCGGCUGCCCCGGUCUUACUUCAAGGAGCUGCCGAAUGCCCAGAUGAAGGGGGUUGGCGAUCCUGGCACUGUCUAUCAGUACCUGGGGAUGUCGCAGAAGCUCAUGUUUGGCCUGGAUCUUAUGGAGGAGAGGUCAGAGUACGGCCCCUUGCUCGGUCGCGAGAAUGAGAUUGCCCUCUUUGAAAGUGCCUUGAAAGCCUACAGGACUUGUCGUGAAAGCAGCAUCCUAGCGUUUGAGGGUGUGCUUGGCUCUGGAAAGAGCCAUUUACUCACUGAGCUGGCAUCUUUGGGCCAGGCUGCUGGCCACAGGGUGGUGGCCGUGGAACUGACAGAGCUAAACCUUAAGCAGGUCUACUCUGCCCUCCGUAUGGUGCUGGCCAUGGCUCUGGGCCUGCAGGCAUGUCAAUCGUGCAGUGCCAGACAGCUUGUGCUGCAGGCAAAGCUCCAAGGGCUGAUGGCAGAGAGCAGCUACUGCCUCCUCAACGACGUCUUCCUCAUUAAGUUUCCCCUCUCGACGGCAGUUUCCCAGAUGAGUGGCACUCAAAGGCAAAUGGAGCUGGAGUUGGUUUUGAAGAAAGUGCUCCAGAAGACUGUUGAAGAAGAUGGCGUUGUAUUUGUCAUCGACAACGCCCACUGCAUCGACUCUCCCUCCUGGAGUCUUAUGUGGAGCGUGCUCAGGGAUGUCUCGAUCUUCAUGGUGAUGAGCUUCACUGCCAGUCACUGCAGAAGACAGAGGCUUUGCCAAGCUGCCGUAGACAUCCUGAAGUUGCCGAAAACCAGUUGUGUUCAUCUGGGAGAGCUGAAGCCUUCUGCUGUAGUGCAGAAAGCCUGCCAGGCGCUUGGAGUUGUCAGCCUGCCCCAGGAUCUAGAGACGUUGCUGACACAAAGAAGCUACGGCAUCCCCUAUUACUGUGAGGAACUGCUGCGCUACCUUCUUGGCCACGACAUGCUCUUGUUCCACCCACUGGGGAAGGAUGAGAAACGAGAGGACAAGUGGGAGAGCCUCUUCACUUCUGUAACGGAGGCUUCAACCACCGCAGCAGCACGGAGCUCCAGCGCGGGGAAGGACCGCAGGGUGUGCACCAUGAGAGCAGAUGUGACCCUGCAGAACACUGUACUUCCCCCUACAUUGAAAGGGAUUGCGCUGGCUGAGCUGGACAGCAUGAAGCCCUUGGAGCAGAUGGUUCUGAAAUGUGCAGCCAUCCUAGGGCCGCUGUUCAGCACGGAGCUGCUGUUCCACAUCCUUCCCGGGUGGAGCAGGGCCAAGCUGAACAAGGCGCUGAAUGCCCUGGUGAGAUGCAACAUCCUCAAGUGGCUGAAUGCUGCCAAGGGGGCAGAAGAGAGCAGUGUUCCCACCGAGGGGUCAGGCACCUCUCUGGAGGAGGAGAGCGAUGCCCAGAAGUCAUCCGUGGAGGAGAGCAAGCAGAGGGCGAGGCUGGAGUCUGGCGUGCUGGCCUUUUGCGCCCCGCUGCUGCAGGAGGCUGCGUACGAGCUGUGGCCGAAGGGACAGAGGGUGGCCCUGCACCACAAGUGUGUGGCCUUCCUGGAGAGGCACGCGCACAAGUGCCAGUGCUGCGGGGGAGGCGAUUUUGUUGCCUUCCACCGCUUGGCCCUGGGCAGCACGCAGGAGGCCGAGAGCUGUGAGGAGCAUGGCAGCGACUGCUACUGGUGCAACUGGGAGGCCUCCCUGGUGACCAGCGAGGAGAUGAAGUCGGACGAGCUCCCCGCCUCUACGGAUGCUUCAAGUGGUGUACCAAAAGAGAAGAGCUGCUUGGAGGAGAUUUUUCGAGCGGCAAAGCAGUUUCUGGCUAAGACCGAAUGGAUGCCCAAGGUGCCCAGCAAGACCCACUGGAUGCAGGGUGUGGAGUGUUCCUGCAGCUGCAAGGCCAUUGUGGACUUGGUGCUUGUGCCCUUGGCUCAGCACUACAUGGCAGUGGGCAAUGACGCCCGAGCCUUUUAUUAUCUGCUGGAGGGUGCGGCUGCCUACUUGCACGUCUCCGACAACUACCUGGCCUUCUGGAACCUGAAGAAAGCAGAAGUGCUGAGGACCUUGGUGGUUAAGAAGGGAAACGCGCUUGCUUGCUUUGAAGAAGCCACUUUGCUGAGCCUCAAAGGAGAGGUCUGCUACCAUAUGGGACAAACGGAGCUGGCGACGACAACGAUCAGGAAGGCAUUGAGCCUGCUGAAGAGGAAAUUCCCCAUGACCUCCACUGGCGCCGCUUUGCAGCUUGUGCUGGAAAAGUCAGAGCAUGCCUCUCACAAGAAGAACAGAGACUGCUCUGUUCCUCAGGAGGCAGGGAGGCAGAGGCUCCCCUGGCUGUUCCGGCAAAGCCACUGCCUGUCCUUACUGCGGCAGCUCUUCAGCCUGGAGAGCACCUCCGGCAGUCGGAGGCUCUCCUGCCUGGCAGCACUCAUGAAGGUGAACACGGCCGAGGAGUCCGAGGAUGCGAGUCACGUCCUCUUGUCCUACCUGGAAUAUGCGCUGUGCUGCCAGAACCUGGGCUGCCGGGAAGAGUGGCUGCAAUACGGGCGGGCGGCCGUGCAGCUUAGCGCUGAGGUGCAGCUCUUUGGAGGAGGGGUAUUAAACACAGCCAGCUUUGCCCAGGCCCUGUCCCAUCUGACCCUCAGCCUGGGAAAUCUGCCUCUGUCCGUCGACGUAGGCUAUCGUGCUGAGAGGCUCUGCAUGGAGCUGCAGAAGCCUGACCUGGGCUGCGUGGUUCUCAGGACCUUCUUCACGGCACUCUUUCUGCAGAUGAGGUACCCGGAAUGUGAGGCAGUGCUGCGCAGGCUAGAGGAGCAGGUGUCUGGAGCAGAUGAGAUCGUUGGGCAGGCAUGCUUCUUCUGCUGCUGCUUAGACCUCUUGCUUGAUGCUGGGUGGCAGUAUAAGUCCUUUGAAGAGUGCAGGAGGUUCGUGGAGCAGAACGAAGCCAACUGCCUUCUCCAGGCGCAGAGCAGCAUCCUGCUUGGACUGUAUUCGUCCCUGGCUCUUUGGCGGCUGCUUCUGGAGCACGGUGGUGAAAGGGGCCAGGGGGCCACGCAGGAUGAACAAGCUGGCAAGGAGGCCCAGGUUGUGCUGCUAUUUGCAAGGCUUGGGCAGUGGGACAACUUCCAGAAGCCCUUUGAAAAGGCCAAGAGGCUGCUGAAGAGCACUGGCGCCUGCCUUGUGGCCAGCCAAGCGUGCAGCCGGCUCCUGGAGUGCCAUAGCCUGGUGCUGAAAAAGGACAUGGAGCAGGGCUCGUGGAGGGCCCGUGAGAGCUGCCGCAGGGCUCUAAGGCUUGCCGAAGAGGUUUUCUCUCGGUGCUCCACAAGCCCCGUCUUCUACCCCAGAGUCUACCACCUGAAAGCCUACAUUUUCCUGAUGCUGGGGAAUGAAGAGCAGAGCCUGCUGUGCCUCAACCAGGGCCUCCAAGCCUGUGAAGACCAUGGCAACCUGCUGGAGAAGACUUGGCUGGAGAUGAGCACUGAGUGCUGGUUCACUGGAAAAGGCCCCCUGGGAGAUUUGUGGCUGAAGACAGCCCCACAUUUUCCGCACCUGAACCAAGCAAAGCCAGAGGUCUGUAGCUCCAGGUACCUGCUGAAGCUGCCAGCACUGCAAAGGGAGGAUUCUUCUCCAGGAAUUAAAUUCUGA